AUGUCUUCGAUGAACGGCUCGAUUUCAGCAAUUCUCAAUAAGCCGAACAAAACGACAGAUGAUUUACAACAAGUCAUCGAUGAAUGGCACCAAAAUUUAUUGCGAAAUGAAGAACAUCUACUUCAAUUCGCCAAUCAACUCGAACAGAAACAACAGUCUCUUAAUCAAACAACCAACUCGAUCAUUCAAACGCAGAAUUUAUUAGCCAAUCUUGAAAACAACUUGCAACAAUUCCAGCUGUCAGUUCAAACAUUAGCAAAAUACAAUGAUGAACUUGAAAGUAGCGUUGAACAAUUGAAUGCCGACAGUAAAUCUCUUCUACCGAACAUUCGUUCCAAUCUAAAAACUGAUCAGGAUCGUUCGAUCACCUACGAACUGAUGGAUUCAGUCGAUACACAUCUCAACGAACUUGAUCAAACGAUGAAACAAAUUAAUAACGCCCUUCAAAUCAAUACAGAUCAUUCCAUUUUGAAAACGACAGAUGAAUUACAAACAUGCUUUCAUGACGUUCAUAAUCUUCAAGAAACAAUUAAACAAAUAAAAAUUGAAUAA